GGUAUCUUGCCUCGGCCCGGAGCCGGUCACACUGUUUCCACCCGUCGACUACCGAGGAAGGAACGUCGCGUUUUAAAAAACAAAUCCCCAAACGACUCGGACGCGAAAUCUAAGCGACUGGCGAAAAAGUUUCCAGUUUAAUCUGUAAAUUAUCAAGUGAACUAAAACGACAACAAAUCAUAUUCUUCGCCUUCCCACCACAAAUGUUUUCGGCCAGCAAAAUAGCUUGCUAAGUUAAUGCUGCAUAUAUGACAGGCCCACACGACAACGCCAGCGACUAAGACAAAAUGAGCCGCCAACACCAGCGGCACCACCAGCAGCACCACCACCUGCCGCCGCAGCAGCAGCAACCACUGCAGCAGCAACAGCAGCAGCAGCAGCUGACGGCGCAGCAGCAGCAGCAACAGCAGCUGCUCAUGGCGGAGCACGCGGCUGCCGCGGAGGCGGCGGAGCUGUUCGACCUGCUGUGCGUGGCCACCACGAUGCGCCAGAUCCUGGCGCUCCACCGGGCCAUGUGCGAGGCGGUGGGUCUGCGGCCGUCGCCCCUCAACGACUUCUACCCGCGGCUCAAGGCCAAGGUGCGGUCGUGGAAGGCGCAGGCUCUGUGGAAGAAGUUCGACGCCCGUGCCGCCCAUCGGGUGUACGGAAAGGGAGCCGCCUGCACCGGCACCCGCGUCCUGGUCAUAGGAGCCGGCCCCUGUGGCCUGCGCACCGCCAUCGAGGCGCAGCUACUGGGCGCCAAGGUGGUGGUGCUGGAAAAACGCGACCGCAUCACCCGCAACAAUGUGCUCCAUCUGUGGCCCUUCGUCAUCACGGAUUUGCGCAAUCUGGGCGCCAAGAAGUUCUACGGCAAGUUCUGCGCCGGCUCCAUCGAUCACAUCUCCAUCCGGCAGCUGCAGUGCAUGCUGCUCAAGGUGGCGCUGCUCCUGGGCGUGGAGAUCCACGAGGGCGUGAGCUUCGACCACGCCCUGGAGCCCUCCGGCGAUGGUGGCGGCUGGCGGGCGGCGGUUACUCCCGCGGAUCACGCCGUCUCCCACUACGAGUUCGAUGUGCUGAUCGGCGCGGAUGGCAAGCGGAACAUGCUGGAGUUCAGGCGAAAGGAGUUCCGCGGCAAGCUGGCCAUCGCCAUCACGGCCAACUUCAUCAACAAGAAGACGGAGGCGGAGGCCAAGGUGGAGGAGAUCAGCGGGGUGGCCUUCAUCUUCAACCAGGCCUUCUUCAAGGAGCUGUACGGCAAGACGGGCAUCGACCUGGAGAACAUCGUCUACUACAAGGACGAGACGCACUACUUUGUGAUGACGGCCAAGAAGCACAGUCUGAUUGACAAGGGCGUCAUCAUCGAGGACAUGGCCGAUCCCGGCGAGCUGCUGUCCCCGGCCAAUGUGGACACACAGAAGCUGCACGACUACGCCCGCGAGGCAGCCGAAUUCUCCACCCAAUACCAAAUGCCCAAUCUGGAGUUCGCAGUUAAUCACUACGGCAAACCGGACGUGGCCAUGUUCGACUUCACCUCCAUGUUCGCCGCCGAGAUGUCCUGCCGCGUGAUCGUGCGCAAGGGCGCCCGCCUGAUGCAGUGCCUCGUGGGCGACAGCCUGCUGGAGCCGUUCUGGCCCACAGGAUCGGGCUGUGCCCGCGGCUUCUUGUCGAGCAUGGACGCGGCUUAUGCCAUCAAGCUGUGGUCCAACCCCCAGAACAGCACACUCGGUGUGCUGGCCCAGCGCGAGAGCAUCUACCGACUGCUCAACCAGACCACGCCGGACACCCUGCAGCGCGACAUCAGUGCCUACACCGUGGACCCGGCCACACGCUACCCGAACCUCAAUCGGGAGUCGGUCAACAGCUGGCAAGUGAAGCACUUGGUGGAUACGGACGACCCGUCCAUUCUGGAGCAGACCUUCAUGGACACGCACACCCUGCAGUCGCCGCAUGUGGACACGCCGGGCAGACGCAAGCGACGCAGUGGAGACCUAUUGCCGCAGGGGGCCACUUUGCUGAGAUGGAUUAGCGCCCAGCUGCAUGCCCAUCAGUUUAUUCCGGAGCUCAAGGAGGCAUCGGAUGUAUUCCGCAAUGGACGAGUUCUCUGUGCGCUCAUUAAUCGCUAUCGUCCUGAUCUCAUCGACUUUGCUGCCACCAAGGACAUGAAUCCCAUGGAGUGCAAUGAGCUGGCCUUUGCCGUCCUGGAUCGCGAACUGCACAUCGAUCGGAUCAUGAGCGCCAAACAGUCGCUCGACCUGACCGACGUGGAGUCGCGCACCUGGCUAAACUAUUUGGACCAGAUAUGCGAGCUGUUCCGCGGCGAGAUCCCGCACAUCAAGCACCCCAAAAUGGACUUCAGCGAUCUGCGGCAGAAGUAUCGCAUCAACCAUACGCACGCCCAGCCCGAUUUCUCCAAGCUGCUUGCGACGAAGCCCAAGGCCAAGUCGCCGAUGCAGGAUGCGGUGGAUAUACCCACGACGGUGCAGCGGAGGUCGGUCCUGGAGGAGGAGCGGGCCAAGCGGCAGCGCCGCCACGAGCAGCUCCUCAAUGUGGGCGGAGCUUCGGCGGGAACUGCCGGAGUGGCCGGAACCGGAACGGCCACCAGUACGCCGCAGGGUCAAAAUGAUACACCACGUCGGUCGAAGAAGCGCCGCCAGGUCGACAAAACCGCCAAUAUUGUUCAGCUCCUGCUGAGAACAGCUCUCUGUCAUGAAAUCAGUAACGCCAUUAGCGCAUUCGAAACCAUCAAUGAGGAGGAGCGCCAGCAGCGCUUGCAGGAGAUCGAGGAGAAUCGGCAGGAGCGGAUGAGCAAGCGGCGCCAGCAGCGCUACCACCAGACGCAGAACUUCUACAAGAGCCUGCAGCUCCUCCAAGCGGGCAAGCUCCUGCGGGAGGGCGGCGAGGCCGGGGUGGCCGAUGAUGGCACCCCCUUCGAGGACUACUCGAUAUUCCUCUACCGCCAGCAGGCGCCCGUCUUCAACGAUCGUGUCAAGGACCUCGAGCGGAAGCUUCUGUUUCCCGAUCGCGAACGGGGAGAUAUUCCUUCGGCGUUGCCGCGCACUGCGGACGAGCAGUUCAGCGAUCGCAUCCGGAACAUGGAGCAGCGGAUGACGGGUCGCGGUGGCCUCGGCGGCGACAAGAAGCCCAAGGACCUGAUGCGGGCCAUCGGCAAGAUCGACUCCAACGACUGGAAUGUGCGCGAGAUCGAGAAGAAGAUCGAGCUGUCCAAGAAGACCGAGAUCCACGGGCCCAAGGGCCGUGAAAAGGUGCCCAAGUGGAGCAAGGAGCAGUUCCAGGCGCGCCAGCACAAGAUGUCCAAGCCGCAACGCCAGGACUCGCGCGAGGCGGAGAAGUUCAAGGACAUCGACCAGACCAUCCGCAACCUGGACAAGCAGUUGAAGGAGGGCCACAACCUGGACGUGGGCGAACGGGGUCGCAACAAGGUGGCCUCGAUCGCCGGCCAGUUUGGCAAGAAGGACGAGGCCAAUUCGGACGAGAAGAACGCGGCCAGCAGCAAUGCCACCACCACCACCAACACCAACAACACAGUCAUACCCAAAUCUAGCUCCAAGGUGGCGCUGGCCUUCAAGAAGCAGGCCGCCUCCGAAAAGUGCCGCUUCUGCAAGCAAACCGUCUACCUGAUGGAGAAGACCACCGUGGAGGGUCUGGUCCUGCAUCGCAAUUGCCUUAAGUGCCACCACUGCCACACGAACUUGCGUCUGGGAGGCUACGCCUUCGAUCGGGACGAUCCGCAGGGUCGCUUCUACUGCACCCAGCACUUCCGGCUGCCGCCCAAGCCGCUGCCACAGCGCACCAACAAGUCCAGGAAAUCCGCUGCCGCUCAACCCGCCUCGCCUGCCGCACCACCGACGGCUGGAACUGUACCCGCUGCGGCGGCGAGUGCCGAGCCCAUGGACACCACUCCGCCCAGGGACCAAGUGGAUCUGCUGGAGACGUCGCGAGCCACCGCCUCCGCCGAUGCCAUGUCCGAUGACGAGGCCAAUGUCAUCGACGAGCACGAGUGGUCGGGUCGCAACUUCCUGCCCGAGUCCAACAACGAUUCCCAGUCGGAGCUGUCCAGCUCGGAUGAAUCCGACACGGAGUCGGACUCGGAGCUGUUCGAGGAGGCGGAUGACUCGCCCUUUGGCGCCCAGACCCUCCAGCUGGCAUCGGAUUGGAUUGGCAAGCAGUACUGCGAGGAUAGCGAUGAUUCCGAUGAUUUCUACGACUCUAGUGAAGAUGAUGGCAAGGAUGACACCGAGGGUGAGGAGUUCAAGAAGGCCCGCGAACUGCGCCGCCAAGAGGUUCGACUGCAGCCCCUGCCCGCCAAUCUGCCCACGGAUACGGAGACCGAGAAACUUAAGUUAAACGUAGACAAUAAAGAGAAUGUGGUGGACAGAAGCUCUCUGAAAUCGGGCAACUCUUUUGAGUCCGCCCGCAGUCAGCCCUCCACGCCUCUGGCCACGCCCACUCGUGUGGAGAUGGAGCAACUGGAGCGGAAUGCCCCCCGUAAGUUUAGCAGCGAGAUCGAGGCGAUCAGCGAGAAACUUUACCACAUGAACAACAUGGUCAAGAUGAACAAGGAUCUCGAGGAACUCGCCAAAGAGAAUCUGGUCAAGAGCGACAUCCUACGCAAACUCACGCUGAAGGAGAAGUGGCUGGCCGAGAAUGCGGCCAUAGCAGCUGGCCAAAAGGUGACUCCCGCUGCAAUCUCUGAUGCUCCCGUCCUCCAACCCAAGUCCAAAUUUGAUGAGAAGUUCGAGAAGGUGGUGAGUCCACCUCAACCGGCGGCGGAAGCCAAACCCAAGCCUGUCAUUGAUUUCAAUCUGGAUGAGCUGAAGCCACGAAAACCCAACUUUGAAGAGCGUCCAAAGGAGCAGCUGCCCCGGCCAGAGGGUUUGAAAAAACCCAAGGGAAGCAGCACCAACGUGAGCCGUUCCAACAGCUUAAGAAGCAACGCCAGCAACGGAAGUCCGAAGGUGAAGAAAGCUCCCAUUCCCAGUGACAGCAGAAUGCAAAUCCAAGGGAUCUUAGGAUCUUUAAAAAAGAUUCAGCGCCAGAACAGCAGCGAUCAGGAUGAAGAAAUGGACGUAGAUGAUGAGGCGGAUGCCGAAAGGCAACCCAAUAAGCAGCUCAACAGCAAGUUAAAGGAAAUCCAGGCCAGCAGCUUUGCCGGCACCAUGGAUCACAUAAAAUCCCAGCUGACAAUGCCUACCGUAAGUGCCCAGGCACCGGCCUCCAUGGACCUCUCCAAGUAUUUCCCCAACCAGAAGCAGGAGAAAAGCUCUGCCAGCAGCACAAACAAGAACCAGGUGACCCUCAAGGAUGUAAAUCUGUCCAAAUACUUUCCCAGCAGUCCGGCUCCGCAGCGCAGAACCGUAGAGACAGUAGCCGAGCGACUGAAGAAGUCGCAGACUGAGGCAUCUCUGGCCAAAUCCAAGGUCCAGGAGGAGAAGACCAAGGACCAGGAGGGGAAGACCAAGAACCAGGAGGAGAAGUCCAAGAACCAGGAAGAGAAGGGAGGGCAGCACAAAAAGAACCCUGAAAAGGUGGCGGAUUCCAAACCAGUGCUACCCAAACGACAGGCCUCAUUGGACACGUUUAGCUUAAGGGAGCACCAAAUGGAUGGAGCACUCGACCUAACCAAAAAGAAGGCUCCCGCAAAGGCGGCUUCGACGGUUAAGAAACCAGCCAAAUUGGGAAGUACCACAACCAUGACGAAAGCCACAGCCACGUCCAAAGGAAAGACUAUUAAGAUUGUAAAGAAAAUCGUACCCAAGGGAACCAAAGCCAAAAAGGCGGCAGCCCAAGAAGCAGCGGCGGCUGCAGUCGAAGUUGCUCCAGAGAAGGCACCCCCAAAGGAUGAAGCUGAACGAAUUUUGGAUGAAAUCCUGGGAGACGGAGAGGUGCGCUCGCCCAGCUCCGAAUAUCAGCGAUUGUUUCAGGAUGAAAAGUCACCCAGCGAUCUGUCCGACAACAUUGAUCGAAUACUCGAGGAAACCGGGCUGGAUCUGGAACUGGGUCUUCCCAGGCGCAGUAGUAAGAAACUAUUGAAAACCAAGUCCCUGGGCGAGGGCGAGUUCGAUUUGAAGCCUUCGAAAGAAAGACUGACUGGGGUCCAGAAUAUCCUCAAGCGAUUCGAGUCCAUGAGUUCGGUUACCUCUCAGACCUCGCAGAAUAGUGAGGAACAGGCGGCGUUCAAAUUGCGUCGCAUGGAGUCUACCACCAGCAAUCUGAGCAGCUUGACCCGCUCCAGGGAAUCACUGGUCUCGGCCAGCGAUUCGAUGAGCGAUUUGGACAAGACCAUGGAGUACCUGCGCAAUGAAUGGCGCAACGAGGCCACCAACUUUUUGCAGAAGAAGCGCGACAAGUUCUACGCUCAAAAGGAGGAAAAGCCAAAAGAGGUUAAGGUUCAGGCUAAAACAGAUCCUUUUAACGAUCUACCUGUGCAGUAUCGCGACUCCAAGCUAGCCAAAUUCUUUGGCCUAAACGCUCGCAAGUCACCGGAAAAGCGAAUGUCUCCCAUUAAGAAAAAGAAAUCGCCCUCUAAAGCGCCAAAGGCGCCCAAGGCAAAUAACUCGCUGGAGGAGCUGGCUAAGAUUAGCAGUGUUCGUCAGGCCAAACAGGCGCAGAAGAAGGCACCCAAAAUUGUGCAACCGAAACCCUUAAAGCCAGCCACUCCUGUUCCAGAUGAUUUUGAGGUUCUUGAUCUGCUGGACAAGGCCACAGAGGCCAAAGAGCUGGAACGCUCAAAGACCAAGAGUCCGGCUGUAGAACCCACUAAAGCGGUGCCCAUUGAAGCCGUAGUGGAAGCUGUAGUUGAAAUUCCCCUACCAGUAGAAGACAUUAAGAAUCUACCCAAGACAGGCUGUGACAAGUCCUCGAACAGCUCACGCCGUGGCUCGCAAUCCAGUUUGGUUAUGUCGCGGCGGCAGUCGGAGAUUUCUUUGAACGAGAAACUCAACCAGGAGGCACUCGUUGCCUUGAGCCACUUGGAAAAGGAACGGGAGGCGGAGCAGGUGGACGAACUCUUCCAGAGCAUGGUGGAGGACAUGGAGCAGGAACCGCAGCCUGUUGCCAUUGCUGAGCCCCAGGAAGAUGACAUCGAUGCGGACUCCCUGUGCACCACAAUCAGCAAGAGUCCCAGCGCUCAACCAGUCACGGUCGUCAAACGGGGCAGUUCCGAGGAUCAGAGCAUCGAGAAGCUUUUUAGUCACUUCUCCGAUGAGAUGUUGGUCAAUGUUGAGUUCGAUUCCAACGAUGAACUGGUGGGCAUCACACCAAGGGCCACACUCGUUGCCAGAAACACAGCGGAUCGGGAUUAUUUGGAUAAGCUAGAGUCUCUGGAAAGGGACGAGGAGGCUUUCCGGCCAAAUAUUGGGGAGAAAUUCCAGCAGGACAAUGGCCAGGAUGAAGUGGAUGGCAAUCACUUUCCAUCACGCCCGCAGCGCAGACCGAAAAGCAGUUCUUCUUCCAGUGAACCAUCACUCCCGGUGGCUCCUCAAAGGCUGAAGAAAAGGCUGUCAAAACUGGAUCCUGGGGAUAUGGCUCCUUCUGUACAGGAUCUCCUACAUCAGGUUUACAUUAAGAAUGUUCAGCCUCAAAUCUUGGAAGUAGUUCCAAUCGAAGGCAGUCAAACAUUAAGGUUUCCAAGCAUGUUGGCGGAGGUAGAUAUGGACCAAGUGGAUCGUCCGAAAGAGGUAAUAAAAGAAAAUGGUUCCGCUACUGAAGAAGACAAAGCGGUGAAAGUAAACCAACCAGAAGAGGUUCCCCAGGCCGUUCUAAGCCCUCAAAAACCAACAAUCAGUCAGAGUAAUUCGCUCAAGAGCGAGAACUCAUCCGGCAGCAGUCUAGUGGAGGUGCCAAAGAUUAUAACACCACCCAAGUCAAGUAGCAAGGAGAACUCCUCGGAUUGGGACAUGGAGAAGCUGCCCGCAUCGCCCAUGCCGCGUCGAAGGCUGCUUCAAGGCCACCAACAGCCAUCGAAAGCCCAAAGUGUGGCCAGCAAGGAGAGCUCCCUGGAGUGGGACAUGGAAAAGCUGCCCAACAGUCCCAUGUUGCCUAGAAGGAACAAGAUGCGGCCCAUCUCACCCAGCACGAGUUCCGUGCAACUUCUGAACAAUCUAACCACCGACGCAGACGAUGAGGCGGCCCAGCGACGCCUCAUUGAGGAUUUCGAGCAGGAGAGAAGGCAGGCGCUGAUCAAGCGGGACGAGAGCUUCGAGGUUAUUGCGGCCGAGCAGCGCAGACGCGACUCCUUGCAGAGCAGCAGCAACUCGAGUGGGAAGCGCAGCUUACCACCGCCCACGCCGCCCACAAAGAUGGGAUCCCGACGAGGCACCACUCAGGACACGAAUCGCACCCAGGACACGGCCACGCGGCACGAGGGCACGCCGCCGAUGUUCAAGAAGCUGGAUGUCGAUGGCAGCGCCACCUCCAUGGACUCCACCGCCUGUUCCACGCGGCGCAGCUCGUUUGCAUUUAUAGAGUUACAGGACAACAAGCCGGUGAUAGUGCCCAUGCCCAAGAAACUGAAGCUGCCGAAGCCGGACCAGCCCAGGUUCGUUCCCGAGCCGUUGGCCAUUGAUGAGCCCGUGCCCGAGGUGUUCCAAGGUCGAUCCUGGCCCAAGGCCCAGCUCGAGGGGGAGGGAGAUCCAGAGGAUCUGGAUGAGGAGGAGCAGGCGGAGAAACUCAGGAAACAGCUGCCCGAAUACGCUCGUUCGGAUUCCCCGCCGUCGGCUGCUUUCAAGAACCGCAAGUGGCCGGAUGGAAAAACCGUUUUUGACAAGCGUGCCGAAUCUCUAGAAGAGGAUGAUAUUUUCGCAGGAUUACUGGCCACCAAGAAAAGAGGUUUGCAAGGAUUCAAGGAAAAGCCGCGUUCCCAAUCGCCGCAACCCUUCAAACCGCUGGCCAAUAGCUCCCGGCAGAGCUCGAAGUCGUUUAGCGACCUCAAGAAAGGACCCUCGCUGCAAUCGCUGUCGGCGCAAUCCAGCCAGGACACGGACACACUCUCCACCACCACCACAGUGGCCACAGCUCGUCCUGUGAGCUACACCAGCUACGAUGACCCGAUGGACGCCAGUACCCAGGCCUUGCUGGAUCGUAGCAAACGGUUGCACAACCGCAAGAGGGAUUUCGUGAACGAGCGAGUGGUGGAGCGUAAUCCCUACAUGAGGGAGGUACUCCGCAGCACGGACCGCAGGGAGUACGAUGAUGUGGACGAGGAUCUGACCAGCUACAGGCCAAGGCAUUAUGCCAGUUCCACGCUCAAUCGCUUUCCGAAUGCCUCGACAAGGAAGAGCAACAACUACGACUACCUCAGUCCCAGCAGUGAUUACCUGGCCAGGAGAAGCUACAACAUCCCCAGCAGCAGUGCCAUCAGCGGCAGCAGCUACUAUCCAUCGACCAGCUCGCGCAGCUCACACCUGAGCGACCUGUUCCGACGACGCAGCCCCGCCAGCGGAUCCGCAUCCGUAUCCGCGCUUUCCGGCUACGGCAGCAAAGAGUCGUGCAUCGGGCUAGCAGCCUCUGAUCGAGUUAGCCACUUGAUUGAAAGUAAAUGCACCUGGGUACGAUCUACGAAGGUUCAAACCGAGUCCGAGAGCACCUCGCCCGACGAGGUGGAGCUCAACUCUGCCACUGAGAUAUCCACCGACUCCGAGUUUGACAACGACGAGAUCAUACGCCAGGCGCCCAAAAUCUUCAUCGAUGACACCCAUCUAAGAAAGCCCACUAAGGUCCAGGUCAAGUCCACCAUGAUCGGACCCAAUGCAGCCGCUGCCGGACUCCACCAGAAGCAGCUGGCGGCGCGGGAGAAGGGUGGCAGCUACCUCCAGAAGUACCAGCCCCAGCCGCCGCUGCCGCAGUUCAAGCCACUGGUGCAGGUGGACCCCACCCUGCUCAUCAGCAGCCACCGCGCUCCUCUGCAGAAUCCCCGGCCAGGAGACUACCUGCUGAACAAGACGGCCAGCACGGAGGGCAUUGCCUCGAAGAAGAGUUUGGAGCUGAAGAAGCGUUACCUGCUGGGCGAACCGGCCAACGGCAACAAGAUCCAGAAGUCGGGCUCCACCUCGGUGCUGGACUCGCGCAUCCGCAGCUUCCAGUCGAACAUCUCGGAGUGCCAGAAGCUGCUGAAUCCCAGCAGCGACAUCAGUGCCGGCAUGCGCACCUUCCUCGAUCGCACAAAGCUGGGCGAGGGCAGCCAGUCGGCCGGACAGUCGGCCAACGAGCUGAUGCGCUCCGCCACCAGCAACGUGAUCAACGACCUGCGCGUGGAGCUGCGGAUACAGAAGGCUCCGUCCAGCCACUCCACGGACAACGAGAAGGAGAACGUGUUCGUGAACUGCAAGAACGAGCUGAACAAGGGCAUGGAGUACACGGAUGCGGUGAACGCCACGCUGCUGGACCAGCUGGCGCGGAAGAGUUCGCCCACCACGCCCACGAACAAUAAGACGGUGAUCGAGGUCAUCGACCUGGUGACCCCGGAGAAGCCGGUGGCCAUCAUCGAUCUCACUGCACUGGAAUCGCCCAAGAAGCAGUUGGUGGACGGUGGAGCCAUGGAUGUGGACGAUCGCCUCACACCGGACAGCAACAAGAUCAGCGAGCUGCAACAGCAGGAAGUGAAGGUGAAGGAGGAACCCAAGCCGGAUGUGUCCCGGGAUGUGAAGGAGUGCAUCCCAGACAUACUGGGGCACAUCAAGGAGUGCGCCGGAGCGAAGGAGCAGGGUGGUGGCGAGGAGCAGCAGAGUCUGCUGGAGCAGUCCGACGAGGAGAAGCGCGACUCCCCCGAGAAGGAUGUGGCCGAGCAUGAGCUUUACGAGCCGGACAGCGUGCAGAUCCAGGUGCCCAAUAUCCCCUGGGACAAGACCAAGCCGGAGGUCAUGUCCACCACCGGCAGCAGUGGCUCCAUCUGCUCCAGCUCGGAAUCGUCCAGCAUCGAGGACAUUCAGCACUACAUUCUGGAGUCCACGACCAGUCCGGACACCCAGACAGUAGGCGGCAAGCACAAUGUGCCCCGGCUGGAGGUGCACGACACUAGUGGCGCCUUGAUGCAGGUGGACAGCCUGAUGAUUGUGAACGGCAAGUACAUUGGGGAUCCCGAUGACGUAAAGUUCUUGGACAUGCCAGCCGAUGUGAUUGUUCCGCCCGCUGCGGCGCUGAAAACCAGUGAACUGGAGAUGGACGAUGACCACGAGACGGAGCCAGUGACAGCCACGCCCGAGCCGGCAGAGUGCACAGUCAUCGCUGCCCCGCCGCCGCUGCCCGAGAUGGGACCACCCACACUGAAGUUCGACACCAAAAACGAGAACAAGAUCGAGAGCUUAAAGAACCUGCCGCUGAUCGUGGAGAGCAAUGUGGAGCACAGUCAGGCGGUGAAGCCCAUUACGCUUAAUUUGAGCAGUUUGGCAAGGACGCCAGACACUCCGACCACGCCCACGGGGCACGAUAGCGACAAAACGCCCACGGGGGAGGUGCUGUCCCGAGGAUCCGAUUCGGAAACAGAGCUUACGGGCACCGGUCAGGGGCUAACGGAAACCGAACUCUCCGACUGGACGGCCGACGACUGCAUCUCGGAGAACUUUGUGGACAUGGAGUUCGUGCUCAACUCGAACAAGGGCACGAUUAAGCGGCGCAAGGAGCGGCGUCGUGGUGGAGCAAACAAGCUGCCCAGUGGGAACGAGGUCAUCCAUGAGCUGGCCCGACAGGCGCCAGUGGUACAGAUGGACGGGAUCCUCAGUGCCAUCGACAUUGAUGACAUUGAGUUCAUGGACACGGGAUCGGAGGGUUCCUGUGCCGAGGCUUACUCCGCCACGAACACGGCCCUCAUUCAGAACAGGGGUUACAUGGAGUACAUCGAGGCGGAACCCAAGAAGACGACACGCAAGGCAACUCCGCCGUCCAGUUACGCAGGCGGCAACCUACCGCCGCUUGUGACAAAACGGGACGAGAAACUGGGCAUUGAUUACAUCGAGCAGGGAGCGUACAUAAUGCACGACGAUGCCAAGACGCCGGUGAACGAGGUGGCACCCGCCAUGACCCAAUCCCUGACAGACUCCAGCACCCUCAACGAACUGGACGACGACAGCAUGGCUGGGCUGGGCUUGUCCCAGACGCAGCCGACCACAACGGAGGAGAGUGAGGCGUUGACGGUGGUCACCAGCCCACUGGACACGUCGUCGCCCCGGGUGCUCGACCAGUUUGCCUCCAUGUUGGCAGCGGGCAAGGGCGAUUCCACGCCCAGCAGCUCGGAGCAGCAACCAAAGACCUCCACGGUGACCAGCAGCAGCAGCGGGCCCAACUCCUCGACGCCUGGCAACGCCUCCAAGGAGGGGGCUGCCCAGGAGGAGGACCUGCAGAUCCAGUUCGAGUAUGUGCGAGCGCUGCAGCAGCGCAUCUCGCAGAUCAGCACCCAGCGGCGCAAGAGCUCCAAGGGCGAGGCGCCCAACCUUCUGCUGGCCAACGCGAGCGCACCUGUGAUAGAGUCUGUCGAGGAUCAGCCCAGGCCCGCUGAGGAGAAUGUCGCCUCGAUGCGGUCGCGCAGCACCAGCAUUUCCGGCAAGGUACCUGAGAUUCCCACGCUCAGCAGCAAGCUGGAGGAGAUCACCAAAGAGCGCACCAAGCAGAAGGACCUCAUCCACGACCUGGUCAUGGACAAGCUGCAGUCGAAGAAGCAGCUGAACGCCGAGAAGCGUCUGCACCGGAGUCGCCAGCGCAGUCUGCUGACCAGCGGCUAUGCCAGUGGCGCCAGCCUGAGUCCCACGCCCAAGUUGGCUGCUGCCUGCAGUCCGCAGGAUUCGAACUGCUCCAGCCAGGCCCAUUACCAUGCCUCCACGGCGGAGGAGCGGCCGAAGCCGCCGGCGGAGAGGCCGUUGCAAAAGUCCGCAACGUCCACCUAUGUGUCGCCCUAUCGCACUGUCCAGGCGCCCACACGCAGUGGAGAUCUCUACAAGCCCCGCCCAUUCAGCGAGCACAUUGAUGCCGUUGCCUUGACAGGCUACAAGCUGGGCAAGACGGCUUCGUUUCAUGGCGGCAAGUUGGCUGACUUUGCCACGCCCAUUGCUCCGGCGAGAGUUAACCGAGGAGGAAGUGGAGGAGUGGCUGCACCGGAUACAGCUAGCAUUUCGGCCUCAACGGAGAAUCUGAGAAGCGAAGCCAGAGCCAGGGCUCGUCUCAAAUCCAACACGGAGCUGGGUCUCAGUCCCGAGGAGAAGAUGCAGCUGAUCCGCUCACGUCUGAACUAUGACCAAAGCAGGGCGCUCAAGCCAAAGCAGCUGGAGGAGAUGCCGUCCGGCGAUCUGGCGGCACGUGCCCGCAAAAUGAGUGCCUCGAAGAGUGUCAACGACCUGGCCUACAUGGUGGGUCAGCAGCAGCAGCAGCUGCUGCAGCAGCCGCCGCUGGAUCAGGAUGCCGUGCUGCAGGCCAAGGCGGCGGACUUCACCUCCGAUCCCAAUUUGGCCGCCGGUGGCCACGAGAAGCCGGCGAAAACGAAGUCCGGCCGCCGGCCAAAGGAUCCGGAGCGGCGCAGGAGUCUCAUACAGUCGUUGUCCAGCUUCUUCCAGAAGGGAACUGCAUCGGCGUCCGCAUCGGCGGCCACCAGUCCCAAGGAGCAGGGCGGCCCUGUGGCUGCCGGCCACUCUGAGCAGUCAGAGCGACCCGGCACCAGCAGCAGCGGCACGCCCACAAUCUCGGAUGCGGCGGGCGGAGGCGGCGGAGUAGGUGGCGUCUUCAGUCGAUUCCGCAUCUCGCCCAAGUCCAAGGAGAAGUCAAAGUCUUGCUUUGAUCUGAGGAAUUUCGGUUUUGGUGACAAGGAUAUGCUCGUCUGCAACGCUACAACUGCAGAAGGAGCCACACCACUGACCACAAACCACUCGCAAGAGUAUCUGAACACCGCGCACAACAGUCGCUACCGAAAGCAAACGAACACUGCGAAACCGAAACCCGAAUCGUUCUCCUCAUCCAGCCCGCAGCUCUACAUACACAGGCCCCACCACCUGGCCGGAGCUCAUCCAGGCGCCCUGGACGACCAGACACCACCGCCCAUACCGCCUCUGCCACUGAAUUACCAGAGAUCCGAUGAUGAGAGCUACGCUAACGAGACACGGGAGCAUAAGAAGCAACGUGCCAUAUCGAAGGCUUCACGACAAGCUGAGCUCAAGCGAUUGCGAAUCGCUCAAGAGAUUCAGCGGGAACAGGAGGAGAUUGAGGUGCAGCUGAAGGACCUGGAGGCACGCGGCGUGCUCAUUGAGAAGGCCCUGCGGGGCGAGGCGCACAAUAUUGAAAACCUGGACGCGACUAAGGACAACGAUGAGAAGCUACUUAAGGAACUUUUGGAGAUUUGGCGCAACAUAACAGCACUCAAGAAACGCGAUGAGGAACUGACCAUAAGGCAACAGGAAUUGCAACUGGAGUAUCGGCAUGCUCAGCUCAAGGAAGAGCUUAAUCUGCGCUUGUCCUGCAACAAACUGGACAAAAGCUCCGCCGAUGUGGCCGCCGAGGGUGCAAUACUCAAUGAGAUGCUGGAAAUUGUCGCCAAGCGAGCGGCCCUACGACCCACAGCCUCCCAACUGGAUCUCACGGCAGCGGGAUCGGCAUCGAACUCGGCCGAGGCAACGGGCAUUAAGCUAACCGGACAACCGCAUGACCACGAAGAAUCGAAUAUUUGAAUAGCAAACUUUCCCUGGAGUGUGCUGGUCGUCGAAGUUUUAAACGGACUGUUGAGCCUAAAUACUUAAGAUGAUACAGGGGAGAACGUACCAAAAAGGCAGCUGAAUAUUAACAAUUAACAAUACUAGAACCCAUGAGCUGUAACCGAAACGAGCAACUAACUAUUCAGAGUGAUUAAGCAGGCAGAGAACAAUUUCAAUAUAUAUUUAAGUAGUAAGCCUAACUAGUUUCCGAGAUGCGCGCAAGGUUGGUGUAAAAACAGGCAGAGAAGAAAUCAAAACCAAAAACUAAUUUCGCAAUUUGAAAGUAAGGACAGAAGUACGAUUGUUUUCGAGAACACCUUUAGUUUUGUAUACAACCUAAUUGUAUGUUUAGUUAGUCGUUGCCACUGAAAUCUGUCUGAACUUUGUAAGUCCUAUGCAAUAUGUUGUGUUUUUUUAGUGCGUUGAUUUGAUGUGUGAUUUUGAGCAAUUGUAAAUGGUCUAUUUGAGUUUUCUUAGGUUACUUCACUUAGCGAUUGUUUGUCAAUUUCUGUGUAUACCGUUUGAAUGUAUUAUUAUUUAUUUGAUGAUGCACCCGCUAAUCCUCCCAAACAGCACAACCCAUGUAUGUAAUAUGUCAUCUGCUGCCCAACCAAAUUCAAAGCAAACACAAAGAGAUGCACACAAAUAUUUUCUAUAUGCGAAAACCUACAUUUAUCGAUGUAAGGGAGCGAAGCAACCAUUAACUGUAACUAAUGAAAUGAUUUAAAUUAUUGUGUAAUUUUAUUUAUAACCUGCAUAUAUAAACAUAUUUAUCGAAUUUAUUAUGUAACUUUUCGAUUUAUUUUGAAUUGAAUAAAGAUUUUAUGAAACCUAAA